AUGAGUUUUACUCGGCCAGCAAGAUGCGUGUUCUGCAGCUUCUCUCGAGCUGCUACACAAGGCACGCGAGUCCCCCGUCGCCAAUUCCACCCAUCGUUCACACAAUUCAAUGACCGCAAACCAGAGUCCUCUGUGAUCAAGGCUCUCGAGAAGUCUGCUACAAAGACGGCGAAGCCUACGGACUUCAAGCCUUAUACGGAGGAGGAGAAGGCCUAUCUGGCCCAGGAGUACUCGCCCUCGCAGAUGGAAGCUGUUAAAGCCGGCGAGGCAGCCAUUGAUCCCAAGGAUUUGGCUGAGCAGCUGCAUGAACGUGAUGACCCCCUGAAACUGAACUACGUGGACGACUUCUCCGUCAUCGAGCCUAGUAUUGAUCGACACGUGCGCUCGCCCCAGUCGAACUCGGAUUACAACUUCAAGCUCAAGAGCGAGGAUGACUUUGUCAAGGAGUUUGGCCGCUUCUUUGCCGAGAUGCCGGAAGAUGCGACAGGUGCAGACUUUGUCCGAUUCGCAGAUGAGUUGCGCUUGACCCACGGCAAGGAGGAGAAUGAGAUGAGCCCACACAGCGCCCUUGUUCCCGACCUGUUCGCCGCUGGCGAGACCCUGGACGAGCCUCGUGUUGAAGAGCGCAAGACUGCAGCUGAGAAGGGUGAGAAGGAGCGGUCACUAGAAGCCGAGGAGAUGACGGAUGCCCUCCGGAGUCUACUCCUCGCCACCGGUUACACUGCCAGCCAGGUUCGCGAGUUCCGGUUGAAAACACUGGUCUCUCACUCUGUCGUCAACCAGACCCGUCUGGGUAAGGUUCGCCGUGCCUAUCGUCUCUCUAUUGCCGGUAACGGCAACGGUCUUCUGGGAAUUGGCGAGGGCAAGUCCGAUGAGGCUUCCGAUGCCAAGACGCAGUCUCAGUACCGUGCUAUCCGCAACAUGCAGCCCGUUCCUCGGUAUGAGAACCGGACUAUCUUUGGCGACGUGACCGGCAAGGUCGGCGCCGUAGAGCUGCAGUUGAUGCACCGUCCUCCAGGCUUUGGUCUCCGUGUACAGCAUCUGAUCUACGAAAUGUGCCGCGCCGCUGGUAUCCACGACCUCGCUGCUCGCGUCAAUCGCUCCCGGAAUAAGAUGAACACUGUCAAGGCUGCGUACGAGGCUCUCAUGAGCCAGCGAGACCCUGAAGAGGUUGCUCGUGCGCGCGGUCGGAAGAUGGUCGAUGUGCGCAAGGUCUACUAUGCUGGCAAGGUUUAG